AAAAAAAACUCCAUUAAUGGUUAGUGGUUUUUUUCUCUGUGAACAUAUUUUCUCCAUGAUUGCGACAUAACUAGAAUCAUUUAUAUUCUAUUCCUCUUUAAAUUCGAAUCAUUUCGAAAAAGAAGAAAAUAUUGAUAUCAGAAAAAAUGGCAAGAUUCGUACCAGUACAGUUUAAGAGAGUAAUGGCCGCGUUUGAUGACGUGGCAAAAGCGAGGAUUUGUGAAAGCAGUGGUAGCGAAUAUUCGUCGAGCUUGACGGAUUUAUCGGGACUCGUAAAUUCGUUUUUAGAAAGAGCUGGAGAAGAAGAAGAAGAAGAGAUAAAUAUUAUUAAUGAGAAAUUAUUUGAUGAGUUUAAUGAAGGAAAUGUUGAUAAUAAUUGUUUUGAUGAGUUGGAAAUUGAGGAAAAUUUGAGGAAUUUGUUAAAUUGUGAUGAAAAUACUGGCGUUAUUAUUGGUGUAGUGGAGAAUGUAUUGCUUGAAGAAAAUGAACGGAGUUCGACUGAGUUUAAAAGGCGGUUGAUGAAUCGAUUACGUGAUCGAGGCUUUGAUGCUGGUUUGUGCAAAUCACAGUGGGAGAAAGCUAGUAAUCAUACGUCAGGAAGUUACGAGUAUAUCGACAUUAAUGUGGCCGGUAAUCGCUACAUUAUCGAGGUUUCAUUAGCUGGGGAAUUUGAAAUCGCUCGAGCAACGCCUUGUUACACCUCAUUGCUCAAAAUUUUCCCUCAAGUUUUUGUUGGCAAAGUAGAAGAGUUGAAGCAAGUGGUGAAAAUUAUGAGUAGAGCCAUGAAGAAAUCUAUGAAAAAAAUGGAUAUUUAUGUGCCACCAUGGAGAAGACUUGCUUAUAUGCAAGCUAAAUGGUUUGGAUCUUAUAAGAGAACAACAAAUGAGUUUAAAACAAAUGAAAAUUAUGAAAAGAGUACUUUUGAUUCUUCUUCAGAGAAGAGAGCUGUUGGAUUUGUGCCAAUGCCAACAAUUUCUUUCUAUUGUAGAGAGAAUAUUAUUGCUUCUAAUGGUGGCAUUAAAAUGGGAAAUUUAGCUGCAGCUUUGAAUGGAUAAUAUCAUGAUGAAUCAACAAAGAUUAUGGUACUCGAGUUAAUCAAAAGUCUCGGGUUUGAGCCUAUCGAACACCUGGUGGGAGAGCAAAAAAAAAAAAUGACGAAUAUAAGUUUGUUUCAUUUGUUAGAAUUAGAAAGCCAUUCUUGUGUACGCAAUUAGCUUUAUUUUUGGUGGCUUUGGAGAGUAAUAUUACUGUUUAGUGGAGAAAAAAAUAUUUUAUUUCUCCAAGUAGUUGCGGUUGAGGAUUUUAAUUCUAGAUCUCAUUGAUUCUUUAAUCCCUAUAUAGUAAGUCAUUAGCAUGUUGCAAAUUAAUGCAAUUUGUAUAUAGUUAUGUACUUAUCAAGUAAUGGACAAUACAGAAAAAUAUAUGCAUAUACUAUUGUUUGUGCG